UGAUUAGACAUAUCACCAUCAACUGCCCAGAACGUGGGAUGUUGCUUCUUCGAGUUCGUAAUGAGAUUCUCAUGACCUUUGCGGCGUAUGACACCUUGUAUGAAAGUAGCGUUGCAUUUGGGUUGAGGAAGGCUCUUCAAGGAGAUCUAGAAAAAAUUCUACUGCGCCAACAGAUUGAAGCACUUAAACAAGAAAUAACCAAAGUUCAAAAUGAACUCAGUGAAAUGAAAGCUAAAUAUGAUGCAGCCGAGAAACGACAUGCAGAAAGGAAAGAGCUCGAUGUCAAGAGACAUUCAGAAGAAAUUGUUACUCUUAGAAAGAUCAAUCAACAAUUAAAGCUGCAACUUGAAGGUGUCAUUACUUACAGGAGAUGAACUGCACCUGUUUUAUUACUUACAUGGAGGAAUGGCAUUUUGAUGUAUGCUUUCCUUAGCAGUAUUGUAACAAUGCCUUGUGUGCUUAUGUGCAGAUCCCAUGCCUUAAACCAUCUAAAUUAUUAACAAAUACAAAGGUAAUUAUUAUAAAUUAGUGGAUAUCCACAAAUGUAAAGUAGAUAUUCUCUGAAUGUUAAUGCAUUAAUCUAUAAUAAAGGAAUGUCU